AUGGUCCGCAAUCGUUUCACCAAGGCCUCGCUGGUCCUACCCAAGGAGGACAGCUGCAUCGCCCCCGAUGGAGUUUGGACCAACAAGGACAUGGACCCCUCCCCUCCAGAGCACCGCACCUGGACUAGCUGGACGUUCUUCAGCUACUGGGUGUGCGAUCUCUUUCAGCCAGGUGGUUGGGCUACCACUGCGGCCUUCGUCGGCAUGGGCUUGACAUGGUGGGAAUCAUGUCUUGCCGUGUUGACUGGAAGCUUCCUCUCCGCCCUUGUUAUUGCCCUUAACGGUGUGACCGGUGGAACUGUGCACACCCCGUUCGCCGUCACAAGUCGUGCUACAUACGGAUACUGGGGCAGCAAGUUUGUCGUCUUUUCCCGUUGUGCCAUUGCUACGUUCUGGCUGUCGAUCAACACCUUCUCUGCCGGUCAAUACGCUUCGUACGCGAUUGAAGCCAUCUGGCCCUCGUACGGACGCAUCAAGAACAGCGUCCCUGUCGCCCAAGGUGCCACGACCAUCGACUUCAUCAGCUUCCUGAUCAUUUGGAUCAUUCAAUUCCCGUUCAUCCUGAUUCACCCUUCCAAGCUGCGCUGGGUCUUUCACAUCAAGGCUAUGCUUGUGCCCGUUGUGGCUCUUGGAACUAUGAUUUGGGCAAUCGUUAAGGCUGGUCCUCUUGCGAGUGAGGCACUCAGCACACCUACCAACCGUGUCGCUCCUGGCAAACUGCGCUUCAUUGCCUUUAUGACCGCUGUCACCUCGGUGCAGGGCACUUGGGCUACGAUGGGUGUCAAUGUUGGAGACUUCUCUCGCUACACUCGCAAACCCUCCGCAUCCUGGGCUCAGCUCUGGGCUUUCCCCAUCAUCAACACCCUCGUCUCCAUCGUCGCUGCCAUUACCGCGGCAUGCUGCCAGGCUAUUUACGGCGAUGUGCUUUACCAGCCCUACCUGAUCGUCGCCAAGUGGAACACUUCUCCUGGCGCCCGCACUGCAAUGUUCCUUGCCAGUAUUCUCUGGGCUCUUGCCAACGUUACUACCAACGUUACGGCCAACUCGAUUUCGGCCGCCAACGACAUGUGCGCACUCGCUCCAAAGUACAUCAACAUUAGGCGCGGUCAACUCAUUGCAGUCACAAUCGGUGUCUGGGGCUUUGCCCCUUGGAAGGUUCUGGCCAGCGCCAACAACUUCCUUACCUUCAUGUCGUCCUAUUCGGUCGUUCUCGCCCCCAUCGGUGCUCUGAUGGCAUUCGACUUCUUCAUCAUUAAGCGCCAAAAGUACGAUGUGUACGCUCUUUACCAGCCAUGGGGCAUCUACCGCUAUGCCAAGGGCUGGAACUGGCGUGCGUACGUCGCUCUUAUCUUCGGUAUCGCGCCAAACAUCCCUGGUAUGGCAUCGGCGAUCAACGAGAAGAUUGAGAUCGGUAACAUCAAGUACGUCUACAUGGUGUCCAACAUUACCGCCGAUUUUAUCGCUCUGGCAGUCUACUACAUCCUGAAUAAGGUCUUCCCCGCUGCGGAGAGUAUCAUCCCCAAGGCGGUUCAUGAGACUGGACUCCCAAUCGAGAAUGACAUUAUCCGCCCCUUCCCUAUCCGCGACUACGAGGACAAGGAUGAGACAGGCAACGCCAUUGUCGAUGUAACUGCCCCCAGGGACUAG